CCACUAACAUGUCUUACCCUGAGAGUUGAAUGUGGAUCAUAAUUGACGUAACAAAUGCUAAGGAAAGCUGGUGAUGAGACGUCUACCCUGCAGUCACCCAGACAGUUGGGUGGUGGCGACUUAAAGGAUUUUCUGAUGCUUUCCUCUGUUGGGUCAUCAAACAGAACAUGUAAUGUAGCUUCUUUAUUUAUGCAGUUUUAUGUUUUGUGUUUUCUUAUAGACAAUCUCGGAAUGGAUUACUCCGCAAUAUAUCAUGAGUUUCAGAAACAGCCACCGAGAGUGGAGCAGCGGCAGGUCAUUCAUCUUCUGAAGGUGUUACUGAGGACGUGAGACAAGUGAUUGUGACUGGCUCUCGUGAGGAUCUCAUCGUUUUCUCUUAUUGGUGGGAUCCCAACAUCGCCACUGGGAGAGUGUAUAAAAACCAUCACGUUCCUCAAGAAGCGCAAUUCUAUCAUGUGAUGGGGAACAGUCUACAUCUCUAAACCGUGUGUGACAGACGCGGGAGAAAACACCUGUUACGGAAGAAUCAAGUUGACCAAAGCUACCUCCACGACUCAACAGACAAAACAACCCCGCAUCCCAUCUGGUGAACCCCAGUGGGAUCAUGUGGGUUCUAGAAAAGAUCCGUGGCUCUGUAGAGACCACUGUGCUCCGGCGAGGAGAGAACGGGGAUAAGGAGGGCAAUACUCCUGCCUACAGCAACGUCCUCACUCCUGACAAGAUCCCUGACUUUUUUAUUCCCCCCAAGCUUGUCUGCUGCCCCCAAGAACCUGAGAACCUAGAUGUCGUGAAGCCUAAGGAAGCGCUGUGCUCCUCAGCCUCUGAGCAGACCAUUGGCAGUAAGAAGAUCAACAGCCCACGCCUGGUCGCCAAACUGGCUGGGGACACCAAGAACCUAUUGAGGGCCGCAAAUCGUCACAUAAUCCAGAUAGAGAGCGCUGAUGAUGUGGUGGCAGGAGACACCAAUGCUGACCCUCAGUCUCAGACCGCUAUGUCACUGCCCUACGUCCCCAAGACCCAAACCUCCUAUGGUUUUGUCACGCUGAUGGAAAGCCCACACACCCGCCGCAAGGAGUCCUUGUUCCACUGCGACCAGACCAGUCCCCUGACCUCCCCAAGCUCCCAGAGGAAGGGAAAGAGCACCGUCGCCGAGGGUAACCACCUCAACCCCCCGGACUUCAAUGCGUCGCACAACCCCUACCGCUACUUCAGCGGGGGUGAGAGCGACACCUGUUCCUCAGCGGAGUCCUCUCCGUUCAACUCCCCGCUGCUUUCCCGCUCUGCCUCGCUGUUAAAAAUCUUCACGCACGAUACGCAAGCCAAGGUUUUCAAAGCCAAAAGAACUUUUGCCCGCCACAGCUCCUUGUCUACGGACGAGUGCAGCUCGGCCGAGCCCAGUCCCCACGUGCCGAGGCGGCUUGACUCCCCCUCCCUCCACGGUGGUGGUCCCUCGGACCGGGAGCACCGGGAGUACACUCUCAAUCUGCACAAGGGGGGCAGGGUGAGACUGAGUGCCAACUACGAUGACAGCACAGCCCGCCUACGCAUCCGUGUUCUGGCUGCCGAAGAGCUUUAUGACAAGAUGUACGACAUCAAGAGCAUCAACUGCUGCGUGUCACUGUACCUCAACCCUGGCAAGCUACAGAAACAACGAAGCACUAUUAUCAAGAACAGCCGGAAUCCUGUGUUCAAUGAGGACUUCUUCUUUGACUCUGUGACCUCGGUGCAGGUGAAGAACCUGGCCGUGAAGAUCAAGGUAGUGAAUAAGGGUACCAGCCUGAAGAGAGACACUCUGCUGGGGGAGAGAGAGGUCCCUCUGGGGAAGCUGCUCCAUGGCCUCUAGGUCUGUUCUGGAGAUAAAGAAUGCUACUCUAACUGGAAAUGAAUGAGACGUUGAAUGAUAAAGUGCAUGAAAGAAAGGAACGCAAUUGGGGUUAGAUGUUUGCUUGUCAUCCUCUGUAUUAACAUAGAACUGUCUGAAAGGAUCCUUUUUCAGCCUUGCCUUUAAUCUAGUCACCUUAACCUUCUGUUGCCUGAGCCUGCAGCCCAGCACAACCCAAAUUCCAGAUCAUGUGGAGGAAAAUUCUAUAUUGUAAUCUUCUGUGACAGGUCAAAAGAUGCAAGAUUUAGUGACUUUCUUUUUGUACUUUCUUGAUCUCAACGUUGUAUUUUGCAUGGUUGUAUUUUAACGUGACUAAUUUUCAGACUAUACAGGAUGAAUCUCUAAGAUUCAGCGUUUAUUUAGCUCUACACCGCUUUAGUGGAUCCGUGGGUCUUUGAUGUUGCGAAUAUAACCUGAUGUGCAAAUGAUCCUUUGAUCCUCAUUGCCAUCUACAGUACUACGGGAGGGAGAGGGCCAAUCUGUGAUGUGACCACAAUGUCUCAACCUGAAGGGUAGAGAUCAGACAUCACCAUCUGUGUCCUCGUUCCUCCUUUGACAUGAAUAUGCUAAUACAGUGCAGUGAUUAUACAUUUUUAAGGUUUCAUAAAGAGAAAGUGAUGCAUGACAUUUUACACAUUUUCAAAGGUGUUGACCUUGAGCAGUCAGCGUAAAUGAUUGGCUGACCCUUGAAAACAUUAUCAUUGUGGGGUAAUUUUAUCACAACCUCUGUUUUCCGCAUACCUGUCAGGCCACCACAUCAAACGACUGAAUCAACAAGAGAAUAUUUGACAAAGUAUAGUCCUCUGCUCUCUGUGCUCUGCUGUCCUUAAAAGUGAAUUACAGUAAAUAUGAUUUAGCAAUUUCAAGUGGAAACAACAAUCUGCAAAUGGUUUAAAGGUCAACCCACCCGUCUGUCUGUGAGAUAGUUGUUGUCUAAUCUUUGCCCGUCUUCACUAAUGUUUUACAGUAUGUAUCUAGUGUUUUUGUGGGAUACAUUUCUGUCAUGUUUAAACAUAAACCACUUUAAACAACAACAAAAAAAUCCCCUAGCAUGUCCAGAACUUGAUAUAACAAUUGUUGUGGUACAUCUGAUGAUUUUGUUAUUGUGGAAAAUCAGUUGUCUGCCAAUUAUAUUAUUAAAUGAUU